AUUAGAAAUUUCCAUAUAAUGGAGCAAAAUGUAGCUGCUCAUGUCAUUGGCGUAGAUGACGACUUAUUAGACAUGGAGUUAAGUAGUAGUAGUAGUAGUGAUCAAUAUUGGAAUAACAUGAUGAUCAUGAAUAACAUUACUACUACUACUAAUAAUAAUUCUAGUGACAAUAAUGAUCGGAAUAAUAACAUGGUUUAUCCAAAUUCCAUGUUGAGCAACCGCCAAAUGAAAUCCCUCGCCGCGCUCUGUGACACCUUUUUGCCUUCCAUCGACGCCUCACGCCACACCACCGACGAGGCUGUGCUCAAAUUCUACGCCAUCUCCGCUGCCACGGACCAAACUCCACAACACGUAGGUGGGUUGAUUAGCCAAAAAGUGAAACACCCAAAGGUGUGGCUGCUGAGAGUGGCAUUGUGGGCGUUGUCGACGUGGUACGGAACGCUCGUCCUCUGCGGAACAGCCAGUCUCUCCUCCUCUUUCCCAUACAUCCAUAGCUUUCCUACGCUCUCUCUCCGCACACGCCACCAGAUUCUGGAAUCCUGGUCUCGCAGUUACUUUUUUCUUCUUCGUCUUCUCUUCAAGGUCCUCAAGAUUCUCACUUUCCUCGUCUUUUUCACCCAGUUAGAUGAGAAAACAAGUCACAACGUUUCAUGGAAAGCGAUUGGCUACACUGGUCCCGAUCUUAAUACCACCACAAUCACCACCAGUACAGCUACUGAUCAUGAGCAAAAACAAUCUGAGGAACAAGCUGAACAACUCUUUGGACCUCUUUACAGAGGUGUUGUCAAUCUCAACAAACCUGAUCAAAGCCUAAAUAAUUUAAGACUCUUCGGAUUUCCCACCCAAUCACGACCCCGACAAGCAACAAGCUCACUCGACAAUCCUUUCUUAACCACAAAGUGCGAUGUGGUCGUGGUCGGUUCCGGUUCCGGAGGUGGUGUGGUGGCCGGCGCCCUUGCCAUGGCUGGUUACAAAGUGCUGGUUCUCGAACAAGGAAAUUACUACGCAAGAAAGAACCUCACGCUUCUUGAAGGCCCCACCAUGGACAAGAUGUACCUGUCCAACGGUUUGAUGGCCACCGAAGACAUGCAAGUUCUGCUUCUGGCUGGCUCCACAGUGGGCGGCGGCUCUACCAUCAACUGGUCAGCCUCCAUUCGCACUCCCCAGCAUGUGAUGAACGAAUGGUGUGACCGUUGCGAGCUCGAACUCUUCGGCAGCGAAAUGUACCGAGAAGCGUUGGAUGUGGUGUGCGAAAGAAUGCAAGUCCAGUCGGAGUUUACAGAAGAAGGUUUCAACAACGCAAUUCUCAGAAAAGGGUGUCAACAAUUGGGUCAUCCCGUUCAUAACAUCCCUCGAAAUGCACCGCCGGAUCAUUACUGUGGCUGGUGCUGUCUUGGAUGUCAAGACGGCCGGAAGAAGGGAACUGCCGAGACAUGGCUGAAGGACCUUGUCGAUUCAGGAAACGGGGUCAUUCUACCAGGCUGCGAGGCCGUAAAAGUGUUGCACCACCGAAAGAAAGGAAGAGCGCGGAGCACGGCUACAGGAGUGGCCUUCGAAUUCGAAAACAGAUUAGGAAAGAAAGAGAUGUGCGUGGUAGAGUCCAAGGUGACGGUGGUUGCAUGCGGGGCUCUUCGGACACCAACCCUUUUGAAAAGAAGCGGAGUGAAGAAUCCCAACAUCGGAAAGUACUUGCAUCUGCACCCGGUGGUGAUGGCAUGGGGCCACUUUCCGGAUAUGGAGCAGAGAAGCUACGAAGGAGGGAUCAUGACGGCGAUGUCGAGUUUGGAGGAUAAGUCAGGAUACGGAGUGGUGAUACAGACACCGUCGCUGCACCCUGGGAUGUUCUCGAUUCUGAUGCCGUGGGUGUCGGGAAAAGACAUGAAAGAUCGAAUGCGGAAGUUCUCGAAAACGGCUCACGUGUUUGCGCUGGCGAGGGACAAAGGGUGGGGAAGAGUGAAGUCGGAGAGAUCGAUCGGAUACGAGAUGGAAGAGGAAGAUGAGGAGAAACUGCAGAGAGGAGUGGAGAAGAUACUGAGAAUAAUGGCGGCAGCGGGAGCGGAGGAGAUGGGGACACACCAUGGAGAAGGGAGGAGCAUCAAUGUGAAAAGCGCAAGCAAUGAUGAGUUGGAGAGGUUCGUGAAAGAGGAGAGUAAAAGGCCGAUCAAAGGGCUUUCUUCUCCCAUAUGUUCGGCUCAUCAAAUGGGGAGUUGCCGGAUGGGAGUGAGGGCGGAGAAGUCGGUGGUGGACCAGACGGGAGAGAGUUGGGAAGUGGAGGGGCUGUUCUUGGCCGAUACAAGUGUCUUUCCCACUGCUCUCGGAGUCAAUCCAAUGGUCACCGUUCAGGCUCUUGCUUAUUGCACUGCCCAAUCUAUUCUUCAACUACUUAGGAGAAAGAAAUUAAAUUUUAAUUAACUUUAAACUAAAUAGAUAUUAAUAUACUGUAUUUAUCUCCUCCUUUAUUGUACCUUCAAAAUAUUUCAAUAGAAGUUAUAAUUAUAAUUAUGUAA